AUGCCAUGGCCGCGUAGCGGACACCCAAGCAAAGUAGCUUCUCAACGGUUUACCUGGGCCGACGGCGCUGCGUAUGGUGCUCUCUUGGCGUACCUCUCCUUUGACCUGUACUGCAACCUCUCGGAUACGUUCAAGCUGGAGAACCUGUCGACAAAUACAGCCCGCUGCUUGAAAUCGAGGUCAGAGGAGCCGGCCAGACUCCCAGCCGCCGCCGGCACCGGUGCUUUCAACGCUAUCGAUUGGCACGCCAAAGACGGCCGUCCGCUUAUUGCUACCAGCGAGACCAAGGAUGGUCAGCGGGCCAUCUGGCCGGAUCACAGGCCCAACACGUUCCUUGGAGUGACGGUGCCCGCGUUGCCCAACACGUUCCUUGUUCUGGGCCCCCACCAGCCUUUCGGCAACGCCACGCGGAGCAUAGAGCAUGUUGUUGGCUUUGUCACAGACGCCUUGCAGUACUGCAAAGACAACGGCUACUCGUACGUCGAGGCCACAACGGAGGCCGCGGACGAGUGGACGGACCAUGUUGUGGAGUGCAGCAAGGCGGGAAUUCUCAUCAACGAGGUGGACAGCUGGAUGACUGGGGUGAACACGAAUGUGAAGGGAAAGCAGGUCAGGAGCGUCGCAAGGUACUCGGGCAGCGUUAUCGAGUACCGCAGGCGCACUGAGGCGUGUAAGAAGUCUGGCUACAAGGGUCUGAUCUUUUCCCAGAUUGGGGAGUCUUUCGAUUUGGUCAUGAAGCCUUGA